GUUAUUACUUAAUAUCGCACCGCCUGUUCUGUUAUCAGCUCAGUGAUGCGAAAACAAGGGCAUGAUAUGCGCCUUCGCUCUUCGCGUGUACGGAGUAGAUCGCGAAACCGCCAACAUGAUGUAUCCCGUUAGACAUUUUCAUAACAAUAAAGCGACGAUGACUGCAAUAUGCUUCGUUUGCAAUCUACCGAUCCUGUCACAUCAAGUAGGACUCGUGUGGGCUGGAGGAAACGGUUGGGACGAGCUCACGCGGUCCACUCUAGAAGAAACAACCCUCCGACAGCGCCUCGGCAGUCGCAGAGACUCGGCUGCGCAAGUUUGUUGUCUGUCUCCACCAGAGCCCGAUGUCUCCGAUCAGCCCAGAGGUGGACCUCGCCGACGACGUUCAUCUCUCGCUCAACUCACAGACAUCCUUCGCGAGUGGGGAGGCGGUGGAAGCAAUGCACCGAGACGCCAAAGAGCUCCGCUAUCGAGACGCGAAACCUUAGCAGAUCUUGCCCGAUCCCUGCCCUGGGCGAGACACGAACCACCACCUCGGCGCCGACGAGACUCUUCAGCAGACUCUGGAAUCAAGUCAUCAGGGUCAAAACGCCGAGAUUCAAAAGCAGCACCCCAUGAUUUUAAAUCAGACUUCCCUGGCUACUUAGAUCGCAAAGAUUCCACCACAGCUAUGCCUACUAGAGAAAGACGUAUCAAAAGGCGUGGCUCAGGUGACGACAAAGAACGUAGAGACUCAGUCGACGGACACAGACAUCGUAGAGAUUCCGUAGCAGCACCACCGCCGCGAGUAGUCGCUACUCACAAAAAGAGAAGAGCUUCCCCACCCACGCCUGCCCCUCCAUCUUUUGUAGACGCUUCAUCAGAUCCCGGCCCUUCAACUCAUCCACCAUCGGUGACUGUCGUUACUGUACACGAACCGAGUCGAUCAGAUGGUGAAUGCCCAUCUAUGACCAUGCCGACAAUCAUCACAUCUGCAGUAACACCUUCACCGACCUCACCUACAGUACCCACCGGUAACACUUCACAAGGUACUCAAGCUACUCCAGCUACUUCUACAGCUCAAGGGACACAAGUGACGCCCGGUGGAAGAUCACCGCCAAACUUAGGUGGUCGCAGAGACUCCACAACACAAUGCGGGCGAGCCAGAAGAGAUUCUCGAGCGGCUGCCAGUCCGGAACGUAGAUUGGGUAGAUUGCAAAGACAAGCGACAGCAUUCGAUGAUCCUACCGGUCCGCCUGGUCCGCGACGUAGGGAUUCUGGUCCUACGUUAGAACCAGACGACGCAGGAAGAGCGAGACGUGACUCUUUAAGCCCUGACUCGGCAGCCAGGCCGCGACGGGAACGUAAUCAGCUCAGUCCUGACAGAGCAGGUGGUGGUGAACUAAGUCCAUCAGCAGCUCGACGGCGGAGUCGAUUAAGACGACAGGCGUCUUGUGCACGAGUGGGUCGAGCUCGAAGUCCAGAGUCCAGUUCGUGUUCUAGUCGAGAUCCCAGUCCGUGUGCGAGGCCCCCUGCUGAACGAACAAUGUUCAGGCGACAAUCAACGACGGAAGAAAUAUUGAUAGCACGUGGAUUCCGCCGACAAUCUACGACGGAGGAAAUGAUACGUUGCCGUAAUUUCCGGCGACAGAGUUCUCAGAGUGACGAUGCUUGUAUGCGUGCUCGUGGACGCCGGGACUCUUCGACGCAAAUAUUAGAUGGGACCAUCGGCACUAUGACUGUAGAGACCACCAGCACGUUCUUCGAUUCCAGUACACAGACUGAACCGUCCCCACUGUACGACAACAAUCAUUACCACGAGGAAUGUCUUCGCUGCAACUCCUGCGGGUUGAACCUCACCGGACCCAAUCAGAAACGCGCCCGCCGCUUCAAGAACCAGAUCCUGUGCGACCUGCACUUCGCAGACGUGGCGCUGAUGGAGUGCAGCGACUUCAUGCAGCAGUUGCGCAGCUUCAAACCGCAGUCGCUGGGCUGCGCCGUCGCCCGCCGGAAAUCCUCCACCACACUCAUCUUCCCUCUGCCACCGCAGGCCUGUUCAGAUGAAUUUUGCGAAGAAUACCCCCAUAGUCUAAUACCCACGCCGGGGUAUUGGAUAGAAUGCUCGCGGCAGAAGAUCGCUACCGACACCAUUUGGGACGAAUCCGAAUCAGAGCAUGACAGCGGACCUGACAGAGAUGACGGAGAUCGGCACAGAAGAUCAGGAUCCCUAGACGAGGCAGCAGAAGACAGCAGUGACAAUGGAGGUAGCACGCCUAAGAAAAAGACAGCGAUCGAGGAACAAUGGGAGAGAUCUGGUGGCUUCGAACUGACCUCCGUAGAACAGGAGACGUAUGAGAAGUACUUUUACGGGACAGAACAUUGGAAUUAUUUCACCAGCGAUGAGGACUUAGGACCAGUGAUAUUGUCAAUCAAACAGGAGACUUUGAAUGCGAGAGAUCAGUUCAGGAUUCUAGUACGAGCAAUAAGCUACACGGUCCAUGGGUUAAUUCCGGCGUCGUGCGUGUUCGCCGACCGCUAUAACCGCGAAGAAGUGGUCCGGUCGCUCGGCAAGGAGGUCAACAUCAACCCGCCUCUGAUGCUGGGUCAGCUGCCCGACACGCCUGAGGAACUGCUGAAACUAGACCAAGUAUUCAUAAAAUCGGAGCUGAAGGUUGGAGUCAUAUACGUAAAGGAGAAUCAAUACACCGAGGAGGAAAUAUUGGACAACAACGAGAAUUCGCCCCUUUUCGACGAGUUCCUACAAGUACUCGGGGAAAAAGUUCGCCUCAAAGGCUUCGACAAGUACAAGGGAGGACUAGACACGGUCCACGAUCUCACGGGCCUCUACUCCGUUUACACGAAUUGGAGGAGCAUCGAGAUAAUGUUCCACGUGUCCACCCUCCUCCCCUACGAGAAACAUGACGCUCAAAAGUUACAAAGGAAACGGCAUAUUGGAAAUGACAUAGUGUGCGUCGUGUUCUUGGAAGCGGACAAUACUGCAUUUUCACCGGCUUGUAUAAAGAGUCACUUUUUACAUACGUUUAUUUUAGUGCGAGUGUCUGCUAAAAUUAAAAGGCGACCCACUAGAUAUGAAGUGUCGGUCGUCACCCGCGACGAGGUCGGCGCGUAUAAGCCCUACUUGUGGGAGCAGAGUGUGUUCGACAAAGGACCUAUGUUCAGAGAAUGGCUACUAACAAAAGUAGUUAACGGUGAAAGAGCAUCUUAUUCAGCGCCCAAGUUUGCAAGGAUGCAAGAGCGCACACGGAGCCAAAUGCUAGAGGAUAUAGUGGCUAACCUACAGAACCAUGCAGAGACGGGUCAAAUACCAAAACCUUACAGAAGAGGAUCAUGGCGACCUAUAGGCCAUAUGCGACCCUCAUCACCCCUUCUAGACUCAGUGAGAGACCAGUUCGAGGACUACGACCAACUAGCAAAGGAUUUCACAAGAGUGUUCCUGAACAGCGAACUAAAUUGUGCUCAGAAUGCUCAGUUGUUCGACGUGGUAUUCCUUGUUGGACAGUCGAAGCAGAAAACCAAAUUUAUUGGCGUUCGGGCUAUAUUGGGCGUUAGAAGCAGGGUGUUUCAAGAAAUGCUAUAUGGCAUACAAAGCGGCUUCGGAUCCCCUCAAGUACCUGUAGCAGAACUGCUCGCGCGGCCAGCGCCAACACUCCUGUCGCCAACGCCUGCUAGGCAGAAGAGCAGUAACUUCUUGCAAGUUCCCGACAUUGAGUCACCGAGACCAAAAAGCGUUCCAAGUUCGCCGAUGGUAAAAAGAGCAUUUUCUCGGCUCGGCACCAUUACGGCUGGUUGGGGACGCUCGAUACGAAAGCAGCACUCUCAACUCAAUGCAGAUGACAAGAAAAAAUGGGCUAGCUCACAGGAUUGUUCCAAUAAAGAGAGCAAAGACAAGGACAAAGAUAAGAACGCAGCAUUGGGGGUGCCAAGGCUUUCGGUAUGCGCCGAUGCACAAAAAGUUGACCGUGCCAAGCUUGCGCAAACUGAGUUCUCCAUAAUAGAAUUUGACCCCGAAACGUUCCGGAUACUUCUGGACUACUUGCACACGGGCAGUUGUCCACUCACCUGUGCUUCCAUACCAGGACUGAUUUGUGCUGCCGAGCACUAUGACUUGCCUGAACUACUACAAGCAUGCUUCCAUCACGCCAAACAAUUCCUUAGGAUAGAAGUGGUGUGCACAAUGCUCAUAUCAUUGGAGAACUACUACUGGCGAUACACGUCAGCUUCGGAACUAGUAAAUAUGAUACUAGCCUUCAUCGAACAGCGGGCGUAUGCUCUGUUCCAGACCUCUGAAUUUCUUAACCUUUCUGAAUCCAUGGUGCAAAUGAUUAUGUGCAGGAACCUCGAAGUUCCUGAGGUCAGAAAGUUCGAAGCGAUGCUCAGUUGGGCCCGUAAUAAAAUAAAAAUUAAAUCUGCCAAUAAGACUGAUGCUAAAAAUGAGUUUAAAUGCAUUAUGGAGAGGCUAGCGAGGGACUUGAAGCUUUAUCGGAUCUCGCCGCAAGAGUUAAUCAAGGUGGUACUUCCGUCAAAAGCUAUAAAGAACGAGCGUAUCCUCGAGACGCUCAUGUAUCAGGCCAACUCGGGGAUGUACAGGAUACAGGACAGCUACAUAGAAGCAUGCCAGCAACGCCUGCAAAAACAGGAUUCGAGGUUUUCCGAAUUCGAAAGUUUCGAUUACGGCAUAUAAACUUGGUGGGGAUAUCAGUGUAUUAGAUAGAUUACGAAGAGCGACAAGAUUGGGUUCUUCUCAUUGUGGUAUAU